GAUACAACGGCUUUUUUUUCCUGUUUUCCAACAAGAAGAAGAGAUAUAAAUCCUGAAAUCUGCCGAUCCCAUAAUCAUAAUUCACAAAGACUCAUCAAUCGAUCUCUCUAGAAAUCAAUUUCGCAACUCUCUGGUCAAUUUUCAGCAAUCACCAUGUCAAAAUAACCUGAAUCUCCCGACUCUAAAUCGAAGAAGGAUUUCAGUACUGCUAUUCUCGAAAGGAAGAAGUCUCCGAACCGACUUGUUGUCGACGAAGCCAUUAACGAUGACAACUCUGUCGUCUCUCUUCAUCCCACCACCAUGGAAAAGAUUCAUCAAGGUUUUCCGUGGCGAUACGAUUCUCUUCAAGAGUAAGAGAAGGAAGAACACUGUGUGCAUUGCCCUUGCUGACGAACUCAAAUCGCGUGCCCAUGUUAUUGUCAUGGGAGCAACUAAUCGCCCCAAAAGUAUCGACCCGGCUUUGAGAAGGAUCCACACGAAGAACAUGACGCUUUCUGAAGAUGUGGAUCUAGAAAGAAUCUCCAAGGACACACAUGGAUAUGUUGGUGCCGAUCUUGCAGCUCUAUGCACUGAAGCUGCCCUUCAAUGUAUCAGAGAGAAGAUGGUUUUGAUUGUCUUGGAAGAUGACGAAAUUGAUGCUGAGAUCCUCAACUCCAUGGCGGUGUCUAAUGAACACUUUCAGACUGCUCUUGGAAACAUCAACCCAUCUGCACUUCGUGAAACUGUUGUGGAGGUUCCAAAUGUCUCAUGGGAGGAUAUCGGAGGUCUUGAGAAUGUUAAGAGAGAGCUACAGGAGGUAAAAUUACUUGUUCAAUACCCUAUGGAGCAUCCAGAGAAAUUUGAAAAGGAUAUGGGAAAACCCUGUUAG